GCGAUCAUGGCGGACGUGUUGAGUGUUCUUCGCCUUUACAACAUCCAGAAAAAGGAGAUUGUGGCAAAAGGGGAUGAAGUUAUUUUCGGGGAAUUUUCCUGGCCAAAAAAUGUCAAGACAAACUAUGUCAUUUGGGGAACUGGGAAGGAGGGACAACCUAAAGAGUACUACACACUUGACUCUAUUCUUUUUCUGCUCAACAAUGUGCAUCUUCCUCACCCUUCAUAUGUGCGCAGAGCUGCAACAGAGAACAUACCUGUUGUAAGAAGACCAGACAGAAAAGACUUGCUGUCUUAUCUCAAUGGAGAAAGCUCAUCAUCAACAAGUAUCGACAGAAGUGCACCUAUUGAGAUUGGGCUUCAAAGGCCGACCCAAGUUAAAAGAGCUGCAGAUGAAGUUUCAUCAGAGGCGAAGAAGCCACGGGUUGAGGAUGCAGAGUGUAUGCGUCUGGAUAAGGAGCGUCUGGCUGCUCGUCUGGAGGGUCAUAAGGAAAGCAUUGUGCAGACAGAUCAGAUCAGGUCUCUGUCAGAGGCCAUGUCUGUGGAGAAGAUCGCUGCUAUUAAGGCCAAGAUCAUGGCUAAGAAGCGUUCCACUAUCAAGACUGACCUGGAUGAUGACAUCACCCUGAAACAGAGAAGCUUUGUGGAUGCUGAAGUGGAUGUGACAAGAGACAUUGUGAGCAGAGAGAGAGUUUGGCGGACGAGAACGACGAUAUUACAGAGCACCGGCAAGAACUUCUCCAAAAAUGUAUUUGCCAUACUUCAGUCAGUGAAAGCUCGGGAAGAGGGUCGAGCACCUGAACAGAGACAGACACAGAAUCAAACUCAGGUGGAUCCAGCCAUAAGAAAUAAACAGCCUGUCCCAGCUGCCUAUAACAGAUACGAUCAGGAGCGUUUCAAAGGAAAAGAGGAAACGGAGGGAUUCAAAAUUGACACUAUGGGAACCUAUCACGGAAUGACCCUGAAGUCUGUAACCGAAGGGGCAUCUGCUAGAAAGGCCCAAACACCAGCCAUGCAGCCUGUUCCACGGCCAGUCUCUCAAGCAAGACCUCCGCCAAACCAAAAGAAAGGUUCAAGAACUCCCAUUAUAAUCAUCCCUGCAGCAACAACAUCUUUAAUCACAAUGCUCAAUGCCAAGGACCUCUUACAGGACCUCAAGUUCGUCACACCAGAAGAAAAGAAGAAACAAGGCAUUCAGAGAGACAAUGAGGUUCUGCUGCAGAGACGGAAAGAUCAGGUGCAGCCAGGUGGAGCCACAAUCAGUGUCACCGUUCCCUACAGAGUGAUCGACCAGCCACUUAAACUGGCCCCACAGGACUGGGAUCGUGUGGUUGCUGUCUUCGUCCAGGGUCCAGCAUGGCAGUUCAAGGGCUGGCCGUGGCUUCUGCCUGAUGGAUCUCCUGUGGAUAUUUUUGCCAAAAUCCGAGCUUUCCACCUUAAGUAUGAUGAGGCACGGACGGACCCAAAUGUCCAGAAGUGGGACGUGACCGUGUUGGACUUGAGCCACCAUAAGAGGCACUUGGACCGACCCAUCUUCCUCCGCUUCUGGGAAACACUGGACAGAUACAUGGUCAAACACAAGUCCCAUCUGCGGUUCUGAGACAUCUGUCUGUUUGUCAUGACUGUCAAGACCCUCACUCUAAAAACCUGCCAAAAAUGAACUACAGCCCCCUGUUCCUCUCAGACCCCCUGAAAGCACUUUGAAUAUCCAUAUGCUACACCAUCUUCUGAUUCCUAUAUAAUUUGUUAGAUCUUACACCCAUGGAAUCACUUGAGUGUCUGCAGGGCGAGAGGAAAUUUAAAGUUUGGGUUGGCCCUUUCAUGUUUUCUAAGUAGAUAUGUAUUUUUCAGUUAUAAUGCAGCUGGUUGGCAGAUUCAAAAGAGAUCAUUUGAAAUCUUGUUUUCUAUUUGAUAUCCUUUCACAGUUUUUCGUUCUUUUUUUACAGUCUGCUGUAAAACAUGACCUGGCUCGAAGAAAACCAUCAUAUAUGGUUUGCUGAUAUGAAUAAAGAAGGAAAAUAUCAGAGUUAAUUUUUUUCUGCAUUCCGUUCUAUGAAGUGUAGAAUAGUGCAUUGACUUGUUAUUCUUAGUGCACAAAUGCAAGUGGUAAAUCAGAUGAGGAGGAAGCACAUGACUUUGGAAGAGAGCUGGCAUUAUUCAGAAUGAGGCAAGCAUGUAAAUGAGCAGAAUUGAUACUUUAAAGCUACAGUUUUAUCAAAUCUGUACUAGAUUUUUGAUUGUGACUAUGAACUGUUAUUCUUUGGCAUAUUGGAUUUUGUUUUACAAAAAAUUCAGGAAUCACUGCUUUUUGGAUUUACUAUUUGAAAUGGAAAUGUUGUUUAUUCCAUGUGGCAAUGAUAUCAGAGAUAUGAAAGGGUACAUGCUUUUUUCUUUGGAUGGUUGGUUUUUGUAUAAAUCCGUUUGGAAGUAAUGUUUGUUUUUAAACAUUUAUGUUGAAUGUGGAUUAUUAUUAUUAAAAAAUAUUGAAGUA